AUGGAGAAUCUCAAGCCAAGGAGCCAAAAACCCUCAAAAGCAAAGAAGAAACCCAUAAAAGUAACUUACAUUUCAAAUCCAAUGAGAGUUCAAGCAAAUAAUGAGUCUGAAUUUCGGGCCAUUGUACAAGAGCUUACGGGCAAGAACUCCACCAUUGAUAGUUACUUAGAAGAUGAAGUUCAAGAGUUCCCCAACAAUGGUGUCUACCGCGCUCAUGAAACUAGCCAAAAACGCGAUGAACAAGUGCUUUCAAGUGUGAAAUCAUCUUUAGAAAACAAUAUUGAAUCUUCCCUUUGGAUGGAACUCUAUGGUUAUCAAUCUCAUUGUCUUCAUGGUUGA